AUGCAGGGCACACCUGGGUAUACCUGGGCAGGGCUGCCCCCACGCAGGGCACACCUGUGCCCACCUGUGCCAUCCCCCGCGCCCCUCCAGGUGCACCGGCGGCUGCUCCACGACGACAACCGCGGCCUGGGGGAGGCGCUGGACGAGCCAGGUGCGGACGGGCGGGGCCUGGUGGUGCGGGGGCGGCACCUGGUGCUGCUGGACACGGUGGGCGCCGCACCUGAGCAGCACCGGCCGCGGGCACAGCAGAUGGCGACCCCGCCCACCGUGGUGCUGGCACCGGGCAGGGGGCCUCACCUGAGACAGGUGUCGGGGCUGCGCCGGGCGCUGCCCCCCAACGUUCACCUGCUGUCGCUGGAGCCGCGCGGGGCCGGGGCCGUCCUGGUGCGCCUGGAGCACCUGUACCAGGUGGGGGAGAGCAGGAACGGAUCCCGGGCAGCCACCGUGGACCUGACGACCCUUUUCUCCGCCUUCACCGUGACGUCACUGCAGGAGAUGGCGCUGGGGGGGGACGUCCCCCUGCCCCUCCCCCGCCUGCUCUGGAACCCCCCCACAGAGACCCCCAGACCCCGGCUGGACCCCCGGUGGGUGCGGCUGCGGCCGAUGGAGAUCAGAACCUUCCUGGCCUCUGUGCAGUACCGGGGGCUCUGAGGGAAGCCCCCUCCCCAAAAAAACACAAAACCAGCAAAUUCCAAACCCUCCGGGGGGCUGGGGGGGGGCCCUGAGGGAUGGACGCCCCCCACCCCAAAAAAAAAAAAAAAAUAAAA